AUGCUGCCUUCGGCCGUGGCUUGCUCGUAUGCUUUCACGCUGCCAGUGGCCACUCCUCCCAAUGCCAUUGUUUUCGAGGCCACCCAGAUGAAGACCACCACCAUGAUGAAGGCUGGACUUGUCAUGAACCUGAUUUGCGUGUCGGUGAUCAACAUCAUGAUCAACACGUUGGGAGAUUAUCUCUUCGACUUCUCUACAUAUCCUUCUUGGGCGGAAGCGGUCACGAGUGCCAACUCCUCUGUCUCUUCGCACUGCAACUACACUCUUUCCUAG